AUGAGUUUCCCGGACAGCCCCUACAGAGAUAAUGAUAGGAGCAACAGCAGCAACAACAGCAGCAAAAGCAGCAGCAGCAGCAGCAAGAGCAACAGCAACAGCGGCAGCAGCAGCAGUAGCAACAGGAGGCUGUCGAUGGUAGCAAAAGUUGAGUCAGAAGAUGCUGAGGGGGCCCUCCCUGCAUGCAGCAGGGCGUCAGAGGACAGCAGCAGCAUCAACAGCAACAGCAGCAGCAGCAGCAGCAGCAGCAGCAGUAGCAGCAAACGGGCUGCCAAGCUGCAGCAGCAACAGGAGCAGCAGGCUAUGCUGCAGCAGUCUCAGUGGGAGCUGCACCAGCAUGACGAAGGGGCAUCAGCAGCAGCAGCAGCAACAACAGCAGCAGCAGCAACACCAGCAGCAGCAGCAACACCAGCAGCAGCAGCAACACCAGCAGCAGCAACACCAGCAGCAGCGGCAGAAGGAGAAGAAGACGCAGCAGCAGAUGAUGAUGCAGGGUCUCUCUACUCGUAUUACUCUGCUCCCGAUUGCUUACAGCGUACUGAGGCGAGUUGCUGCUGCAGCCCCGUUGCUGCUGCUUGCUGCAGCAGCCCUAGCAGCAGCAGCGAUAAAGCAGCAACUGCAGCAGCAGCAGAACAAACAGGAGAUCUCCUAGAAUGCCUCAGACGGGCAGCCAGCAGCAACGCCGCGCAGCAGCCUCCCCUGCUAAGAGCUUCCUCUGAUGUAUAUCUGCAGCAGCAGCAGCAGCAGCAACGCCAGAAGCAGCAGCAGCAGCAGCAGCAGCAGCGGCAGCGCUCGUCUCCUGUCGAGAGCUCACAAGCAAAUCAGGAUCAAGAUGUUGCUGCAGCGCAGCCACAGAAGCUGCUGCUGCCGGAACAGUUUCUGCAGCAGCAGCAGUUGCUGCAGCAGCAGCAGCAGCACCUUCAGAUGCUGCAGCACGAACAGCAUAAGAGACAGCAGCAGCAGCAUCAGCAGCAGCAAGCUGAGCUCCCUAGUAAUGCUGCACAAAGAGAGGGUCUCCAUUUAGUUUUCAACUCGCUGACUGCCUCUGGACAGCAGCACCCGCAGCAGCAGCAACAAGAGCAGCAGCAGCAGCAACAACAGAAACAGCAGCAGCAGCAGCAGCAGCGGCAACGGCAUCAGCAGCAGCAGUCUCGGUUGCAGGAGCUGUCUUCGUUUAGUUCUCGCUGGCCUGAAGCAGCAACAGACGCAACAGCAGCAGGAGGGACGGGAGCAGCAGCAGCAGCAGCAGCAGCAGCAGCAGCAGCAGCAACUCGACUCAAGGGGCCCCCUCAGCUGCUGCACGGGAGCGCCCACCACGCUAGCAGCGCCUGCCGCAGGUCUCGGCGUCCUUCAUUGCCAGUGCGGUGCCGUUUGCUGCUGCAGCAGCAUCUGCAGCUGCAGCAGCUGCAGCAGCAGCAGCAGGUGGGAAGUGCAUCCUACGAAGGCGGAAGCCACAUGCAGCAGCAACGCCAUCCUGCUGCUGCUGGAGCAGCACGGCGCUGCAUGUCUUGCGAUGAAGGCUUCACUGAGAAGGAGCAGCAGCAGCAACAGCGGCUGCUGCUGCUGCUGCACUCGGGAGCUUCUUUCUCCAGCAGCAGGUAUGGCUUAAGCAGAAGCCCUAUACUUCGCUGCAGCAAUGUUGUACAUACACCCCAAACGACUCUGUCUCUUCCUGCUGCAGAGGCCUCUACACUAGCAACAGAAACACCGCUAGCAGCAGCAGCAACUGCAGCACCAGCAACUGCAGCAGCAACUGCAGCAGCAACUGCAGCAGCAAUUGCAGACAGCCCUGAGCCUCAGGCUACGUGGAAGGUUGCUCAGAGCUCACCGAGGAGCAGCAGCAGCAGCAGCAGCAGCAGCAGCAGCAGCAAUCGUCGCCAGCUUGCAGUGGAGACAAGGAGCUCCCUGCCGACACCCUGGCUGUCUCCCGCUGCUUCUGUUGCUGCAGAGCCGGAGACAGCAGCAGCUGCAGCAGCAGAACCAGCAGCAACAGCAGCAGCAGCAGCACAUGCAAUCGCAAGACCCUCUCUGCAGCUGCCACCUCCACAAACGCAAACGGUGCAAAAGGAGAGAGGAGAGAUUGGGCAGCAGCAACUGCAGCAGCAGCAGCAACUGCAGAAGCAGCAGCAACUGCAGCAGCAGAAGCAGCAGCAGCAGCGGCACGAUGUUGCCGCUGCACCUUCUCUAGAGAGCUGUUGGGGGGAUGCAGAGCAAAUGGAUUCACCUAUGGGGCUUCCAGCAGCAGCAGCAGCAGCAGCAGCAGCAACACCAACGCCUGCUGCUGCUGCAACUGGUGCUGCUGCAGCGCGAAAUCUUGCAGCAGUUGCAGAUGGGGCUUCGCUGCUGCCGCUGCCGCUGCAGCUGCGACACCCUGCACCUCUGUUGGGGUGUAUAGACACUGCAGGGGCUGACAGCAGCAGCGCUUGCUAUACCCCCUUGAGCAGCAGAGCAGGAGGAAGUGCUGCUGCGAGCCCGGGGGUUGAAGCAGCAGCAGCAGCAGAUGCUGCAUCAGCUGCUGCUGCUGCUGCUGCUGGCUUCGUCUCGCCUGCACCGACACACAGCAGCAGCAGCUGCAUGCACACCCCUAUGUGCUCUACUCCAACUGGUGGGGCCCCGCUCUUCCACUCGCAGCAGCAGCAGCAGCAGCAGCAGCGGCAGCAACAGCUGGCUCCACAUCAAAGAAUUGAGACAGCAGUCUUUGAGGUGUUCAGUCAUAGGCGGAUGAAACAGCAGCAGCAGCAGCAACCGCAGCAGCAGCAGCAGCAACAGCAACAGCUCGCGACCGCCUUUAAGCUCAACAGGCAGCUGCCACCGCAGCAAACGCUGCUGCAGCAAGAAAGCCCUGUGAUGUUUGCUGAUGUCUCGUCAGCUCGAGCAAGAGAAGGCUCAGCAGCAGCAACUGCUGCAGAAGACCUACUGCAUCAGCAGCAGCAGCACAAGCAGCAGCAGCAGCAACAACAACAACAAACGCAAAGCAUCAGCCGCUUCUUCUGUUGGCCCCGAAGCCCCUCGCGCUCCAUGCCCAUUCUCAGCAGCAGCAGCAGCAGCAGCAAGAGCACUAGCAGCAGCAGCAGCAACAGCAGCAACAGCAGCAGCAGCAGCAAAAGCGAAGCCUCUUAUUGGGAUCUGCUGGCCUUCAUACUCGACGAAGUCUCAAGUCGCCGCAUCCGCCCCGCAGCAGCAGCAGCAGCAGCUGCAGCAGCAGCAGCAGCAGCAAAUUCGGUUAGUGGAGCAACCCCAGCUGCAGCAACAGCAGCACCAGCAGCAGCAGCAGCAGCAGCAACAAAGGUUGAGAGGGGCCCACAGGCGGAUACCAAAUGGCCUCUUGGGGCCCCCCAGUCGGAUGCACUUCCUGUGCUGCUGACAGGGGCCCCCAUCACUAACGAGCAGCAGCAGCAGCAGCAGCAACAGCAGCAGCUGCAUCUCCUGGUGCAGCAGCAGCUGCAGCAGCAACGUGCUGCAGCAGGUACAUACCGCAGCAUCUACGGCGUCAGCCGAGCCAGCAGCAUGUACAGCGUAGUGGACGCUUCUGAGCCCACAGUAGCAGCAGCAGCAGCAGCAGCAGCAGCAGCAACAGGUUCCGUCACGGCAGCUGCAGUUGCUGCAACGCCUGCUGCUGCUGCACCUGCUGCAGCUGCUGCAGCAGAUGCUUCUAAAAGGCAGUGCAGCGAUGAGGCCCCAGCGCGGGCCCAGAUGAACCCCACAGCGUUUUACUGGCUGCCGCCAGAGCAGCAGCAGCAGCAGCAACAGCAGCAGCAGCAGCAACAACAACAACAACGGGCGUUGCAGCUGCAGCAAAUGCCAAUAGUGAAUCGGCAAACGCUGCAGCAACAGCUGCAACAAGAAAUGCGACAGCAGCAGCAGCAGCAGCAGCAACAGCAGCAGCAGCAGCAGCAGCAGCAGCAAAUGAACGAUCCAUAUAUUAGCCUUCGCCGGCGUUUUGGCUUAUCACAAUUUCUUCCUUCCAAGCGAGCCUCUGCAGCAGCAGCAGCAGCAGCAGCAGCAGCAGCAGGAGCAGGAGCAGCAGCAACAACAGGUCUCGGGUCUUCUGCGUGUUCAGAUCCUCCCCCUUCUUCUGCUCAGCAGCAGCAGCAGCAGCAGCAGAAGAAGAAGCAGCAGAAGAAGAAACAAACAUCUAUACCUGCAACUCAGCUGCGCAGCCUUAUGCGCAGCUCGCGUGCUGCUGCUGUACUCUCGUUGGGGCGCUGGAGCAGGAAGCUCAGCAUUACUCUCACUCGUUUGCUGCCUUGGAGGCUGCACAACGUUCUACCGCAGAAACGGCAGCAGCAGCUGUUGUCUCAAACUGCUGCAGCAGCAGCAACAACAGCAGCAGCAGCAGCAGCAGGUCGCCGAAGGAGUGCUUCUUGUUCUUUCCCUCUCGACCGCUGCUGCUCUCCAGCAGCAAACUGUGGGGCCCCGCAGCAGCAAUAUCGGUUUAGGGCAGCCAGUAUUGCAUUAGCCUCGCCUCCUCUCCACGGCUCUGCGGCAGCUGCUGCUGCAGCAGCAGCAGCUGCUGCUGCUGGUGCUGCUGCUGCUGCUGCUGCUGCGGGUAGGCGAACGGGGGCCUCAAGGGCUGGAGGUGAAAGCAGCUCGUGGCCGUUGCUGCCGCGAACACAGACAGAUAUAGCAGCAGCAGCAGUAGCAGCAGCAACAGCAGCAGCAGCAGCAAAAGCAGCAGCACCAAAAGCCUUUACGCCGCCUCUCUGCAGCACAGCGCCUCUGUUCCCAGGCCCUAAGAUUUCUUCUCUACCAACACCUGCGACAGCAGCAACAGCAGCAACAGCAGCAACAGCAGCAACAACAGCAGCAACCACAGCAGUAACAACAGCAGCAACAACAGCAGCAGCAUCGGGGAGAAGCCCCCGUCGCAGCGAAGAGCAGUGGCGCUCGUCUCCAGGCGACAGCCUGCCCGCCCGGCAGCAGCCUCAGCAGCCUCAGCAGCCUCAGCAGCAGCCUCAGCAGCAGCAGCAGCAGCAGCAGCAGCAGCAAGAGGAGGAGGAUGAAGAUGAAGAUGAAGAUGAUUACCCAGAGGUUGUGGGCAGCGGCUGGCUAGAGUUUACCGUCCCCGAUCAACAGCAGCAACAGCAGCACAAACAGCAGCAGCAGCAGCAGGAGGAGCAUCAUCAGCAGCAGUAUCAUCAUCAUCAUCAGCAGCAGCAGCAGGGCGGAGGUGCAGCGCAGCAAAGUGUGGAUUAG